CAUCGUCGAUUUUCGUUCUCUCUCUCGUUCUGUGCCAAACGGUAACGGUAUGGCCGAAACGCACGUCCAAAGUGUUCUUUUGUCCGGUAAAAGGCGAAACGGUGGGGACGAAUUCGACGGUGGCGAUGAUUUCAUCAAGAUGAAGAAAUCUGCAGCGGCGAUGAAGGUGUGGAACGAUGAUCCGGUGGAAGCUCUGGCGAGCGCCAGGCAUGAGUUCGGUGAGCACGGCGGCGUAAACAUGUCGAUCGAAGCGUCAGCGACAUUUACGGUAAUGGAGCCAGAGACGAUGCGGCGCAUGUUUUCGGGAGAGCUUGGUCCCGAUCGUGAUUUUUUCAUCUACAGUCGUCAUUUUAACCCGACGGUUCUUAAUCUAGGCCGUCAGAUGGCCGCCUUGGAAGGAACCGAGGCAGCCUAUUGUACCGCAAGUGGUAUGUCCGCCAUAACAACGGUUCUGAUGCAGCUGUGCAGUAGCGGCGAAAACGUGGUGGCUUCUCCAUGCUUGUACGGUGGGACCCAUGCACUCCUGACUCACUUCUUUCCCAGGGUUUGCAACAUAACCACCACAUUCGUGGACGUGAUGGAUCUGGACAUGGUGAGGGAAGCGAUCGUGGAGGGGAAGACAAAGGUGCUGUACGUGGAGGCCAUGUCCAAUCCUACGCUGGCGGUCAGUAACAUACCGGAGCUGAGUAGGAUAGCGCACGAUAAGGGGGUGAUGGUAGUGGUGGAUAACACAUUCACUCCCAUGGUGAUAUCCCCUGCUCGUCUUGGUGCCGACGUCGUGAUCCAUAGCAUCUCCAAGUACAUCAGUGGUGGGGCCGAUGUAAUUGCAGGUGCCGUUUGUGGGCCAGCGAGCCUGAUUAAGUCGAUGAUGGACCUUCAUCAAGGAGCUCUCAUGCUCCUGGGCCCAACCAUGAAUGCUAAGGUAGCAUUUGAGCUGUCAGAGAGGAUUCCUCACUUGGGUUUGAGAAUGAAGGAACACUGCCACCGAGCACUAGUGUAUGCUACAAGGAUGAAAAAAUUAGGCCUCAAGGUUAUCUACCCGGGCCUUGAAGAACACCCUCAACACAAACUCUUGAAGUCAAUGGCGAACAAGGAUUACGGGUAUGGGGGUAUUCUGUGUUUGGACAUGGAGACUGAGGAGCGGGCAGACCGGUUGAUGCACCACUUACAGAACUGCACACAGUUUGGGUUGAUGGCAGUGAGCUUGGGUUACUAUGAAACCCUCAUGUCAUGCUCUGGAAGUAGUACUAGCAGUGAGAUGACCGCCGAGGAGCAGGAGACUGCUGGUAUCUCCCCUGGCCUAGUGAGGAUGUCGAUCGGGUACAGUGGGAGUCUGGAGCAGAGAUGGAGCCAAUUUGAGAAGGCACUUGGUAGGAUCCAAGAUGGUGGGUUAUUCAAUUCCAAGAGCUUCUCUUAAGAACAUAUACAUGGAACUAACUAAUAAGAGUUGCUUAGUAAAUGGUGACUUUGUUUAAGGAAUUUUAAUGGAUGCUUAUGGUUGCUUGUGUUUCUGAAACUGUUGUUUAUGUGAACUGUUUUGCAUCUAGAAAUAGUCUUUGUAGUUUGUACA